AGAAUUUAAGUGCUCAUGCUAGUUUGUCACACGGGUAUUGGAUAUUGAAGAUGUCUCCGACCUUCGUAACAGCGCUAAGGUUCUACCUUCAAUUUGCUACCAGCCUUCAUCAGUGGACGAUACCCUUGAAGCGUUGCCUAAGGUUACUCGAUAUCGGUUUUAUGGGUUUGGUGUUACCCGGAAAUGUACUGUAGAAGUAUGCGCCCUGUGAGUCGUUCUGUACACAGAAGUGGCAACGUAGUUGGUAUGGGGUUAUUAAGAUCUAAAGGGAUGGUUAUACUGGCUGGUAACUCUCACCCUGAGUUAGUUAAGGCUGUUUGUCACCAUCUUGACGUUCGUCCUGGGAACUGUUCAGUAUUUUUCCGUUCAAGUCGCGAGACGGAUGUUGAGAUCAAAGAAACUGUCAGGGGUAAUGUUCUUUUUUUGUUCUCCCUAGUACUUAGGCCGAGAUGUCUAUAUUAUACAAUCAGGAACUAAGGAUGUCAACAAUGACAUUAUGGAGCUAUUGAUUAUUGCUCAUGCAUGCAGAUCAGCUUGCGCUCGUAAAGUCAUUGCAGUAGUACCGUACUUACCUUACUCAACACAGAGCAAAAGAAGAAAGCGUGGCCCUAUCACCAGUAAACUUGUAGCUAAAAUGCUCUGCGCUUCAGGAAUCAACCAUUUGAUCACUUUGGACCUUCAUUCAAAAGAGAUUCAGGGGUUUUUCGAUGUUCCGAUUGACAAUUUACGUGCUUCUCCGUUUUUGACAAAGUACAUUGAAACAUACAUAACUGAUUAUCGAAACGCAGUUAUUGUUGCUCGAAAUCCCGGAGUAGUACCUCGAGCUAGCAGUUAUGCUGAACGUUUGAGGUUACCAUUAGUUGUUAUUCAUGGCGAAGAAAGAGAUGAAAGUGACAAUACUGACGGUCGCAAUUCCCCACCUUUGGAUCAAAGUAUUGUGGAAAAAAGAUGUACACAAAUUGGCCUUGAACUUUUACCUAUGAUGAUACCUAAAGCUAAACCACCUUUAACCUUGGUUGGAGAUGUGAAUUCAAGAAUCGCUAUUAUAAUUGACGACAUUAUAGAUGAUGUAUCAAAGUUUGUUACUGCUGCUGAGCUACUGCAUGAACGAGGUGCAUAUAAAAUAUUUGUUAUUGCAACUCAUGGUCUGCUCAGUUUAGAUGCACCACGUCUAUUGGAAGAAAGUCGUAUAGAUGAAGUAGUUGUAACUAACACAGUACCACAUGAAGUACAAAAAAUGCAGUGUCACAAAAUUCGUACCGUUGAUAUAAGUCCAUUAUUGGCAGAAGCUAUCAGACGUAUUUAUAAUGAUGAAUCUAUGUCUUAUCUUUUUAUGAAUGUACCUAAAGACGAUUAAAUCUCUUCUUUUCUUUUCAUAUUUGUUGUGAAAAAGACAAUCUUAAAUUAUUUAUUAUUUAAAUACUAAUUAGUUUAAGUUGUAAAAUAAUAGAAUUAAUACUCUAACUCAUUUACUUAUAGUCAUAUUUACAAUCAAUUCUUUCCUGCCAUUAAUUAAAUAAUUCCUGUACUCUUAGUCAAGUUUUCGUUUUCCUCACCUGAAAAUUGUACAUAUUUAGCACACGUUAUGGUGAGUACUGGUGAUCUAGCUCAACACUCAAAUUGUACUGGUUGUGUUGUUUCACAAAAGCUUUUUCUCUCAAUCCUAAGGUGAUAGUUCGCUUAUGCUGUCCUAUGAAUAAAGUUGGCAUUCUAAACAUCGU